CAUGAGGAUGAUGGCCGCCGGCGCGGUGCACGGCCUCUUCACGGCCUCCGCGGCCCCGCAGCCGCCGCCGCCCCCGCCGCCGCCGCCGCCGCCGCAACCCCAGCCUCCCCAGCAGCCGUCGCCGCCGCCACAGCAGCCGCCGCCGCCGCAGCCGCCGCAGCAGCAGCAGCCGCCGCCCCAGGCCCCCCCCAUGGAGCCCGAGGCCCCGGAUUCCCGCAAGAGACCCCUCGAGACGCCCCCCGAGGUGGUCUGCACCAAGCGCAGCAACACGGGAGAGGAAGGCGAGUACUUCCUGAAGGUGCUCAUCCCCAGCUACGCCGCCGGCUCAAUCAUCGGCAAAGGUGGCCAGACCAUCGUGCAGCUCCAGAAGGAGACGGGAGCCACCAUCAAGCUGUCUAAGUCCAAAGACUUCUACCCAGGAACUACAGAACGGGUAUGCCUAGUGCAGGGCACGGCAGAGGCCUUGAAUGCUGUCCACAGCUUUAUCGCAGAAAAGGUCCGAGAAAUCCCUCAAGCGAUGACCAAGCCCGAGGUGGUCAACAUCCUUCAACCCCAAACCACGAUGAACCCCGACAGAGCCAAGCAGGCCAAGCUCAUCGUCCCCAACAGCACGGCGGGACUGAUCAUCGGUAAGGGAGGAGCGACCGUGAAGGCGGUGAUGGAACAGUCCGGCGCGUGGGUGCAGCUGUCGCAGAAACCCGAGGGCAUCAACCUGCAGGAGCGCGUGGUGACCGUGAGCGGCGAGCCCGAGCAGGUGCACAAGGCCGUGAGCGCCAUCGUGCAGAAGGUACAGGAAGACCCGCAGAGCAGCAGCUGCCUCAACAUCAGCUACGCCAACGUGGCGGGGCCCGUGGCCAACUCCAACCCCACCGGCUCGCCCUACGCCAGCCCGGCCGACGUGCUGCCCGCCGCCGCCGCCGCCUCUGCCGCCGCCGCCUCGGGGCUGCUCGGUCCCGCGGGGCUGGCGGGAGUGGGCGCCUUCCCCGCCGCGCUACCCGCCUUCUCGGGCACCGACCUGCUGGCCAUCAGCACGGCGCUCAACACGUUGGCCAGCUACGGCUACAACACCAACUCGCUCAGCCUGGGCCUCAACUCGGCCGCCGCCUCGGGCGUCCUGGCCGCGGUGGCCGCAGGGGCCAACCCCGCCGCCGCCGCCGCAGCCAACCUCCUGGCGUCCUACGCGGGCGACGCCGGGGCGGGGCCGGGGGCGGGGGCAGCGCCGCCACCGCCACCGCCCCCCGGAGCGCUGGGCUCCUUCGCUCUGGCCGCGGCCGCCAAUGGCUACCUCGGUGCGGGCGCGGGGGGCGCGGCUGGAGCGGGGGGCGCGCCCCUGGUGGCCGCCGCGGCUGCGGCCGGGGCUGCCGGCGGCUUCCUGACGGCCGAGAAGCUGGCGGCCGAGAGCGCCAAGGAGCUGGUGGAGAUCGCGGUGCCCGAGAACCUGGUGGGGGCCAUCCUGGGCAAAGGGGGCAAGACGCUGGUGGAGUACCAGGAGCUGACGGGCGCGCGCAUCCAGAUCUCCAAGAAGGGCGAGUUCCUGCCCGGCACGCGGAACCGGCGGGUCACCAUCACGGGCAGCCCCGCGGCCACGCAAGCCGCUCAAUACCUCAUCAGCCAGCGGGUCACCUACGAGCAGGGGGUGAGGGCUUCAAACCCGCAGAAAGUGGGAUGAGGCCUGUGGUGUGCGUCCCCACCCCCUCCCGCUCCUCCUCCCUCCUCUUCCUCCUCUCCCCACUCCCGCCAGACUUCAGCUUGGUGUGACUCCUGCUUGGCUUGGGAUGGGGCUGGGGUAGGCCUGGCUUCAUCCUCCCUUCUGGUAGUCAUAGACAGGAUUGAGUGCCGGCUGAGGAGGGGGCUUUUGAGCCCCCUCCCCAGCCUUGAACUGACCUCCUCCUCCUCCCUCCCUGUGCUUGACUGGGCCUGACCCACCUCUCCCGGGGUCCAGGUCUAUGUGAUAUCUGUAUAUAUUGCAUUUUGUUGAUUUUAAUAGAAAACAAAGCGUUAUUUUCUCUUUC